UCGCCCACGCACUCGCACUCGCAGGCGCACGAGGCCGACUCGGGGCUCGGCUCCUACUACAGCGGCGCCUCCUCGUCGCGCUCCUCCGCCUCCUUCCCCCGCCCGCCCCCGCAGCAGCAGCAGCAGCAGCAGGGCGGCUUCUGGAAGCGUCGCGGCUGGAAGCGCAUCGCAGGGCUCGCCGCCGGAAAGAGGAAUGCGGAGCACUCGACGCCCAGGAGCGGCGCCGUGGCUUGCGCGCCAGUAGCGGCCGGGCGCUGCACCAUGCCGGGACACGCCCCACGAGACCUGGCGUCGCCGCUGCCUUUCGACGAGCCCCGCGUGGGUUCGGGCUCGUGGGAGGAGCGGGCGGCGCCCGGGUCGGGGCCAGUUCCGCGCCCCGACGAUUCCUGCUGGCUCUCCGCCUCCGACGGGGACCUCUCGUCCGGCGACGAGAGCGAGCGCAGCAGCAACAAAAGUAACGGUCAAGCGAGGGCGACUCUGGGUAGCAAGGCACGAACACUGUGCGACAAGUGGCGAGGGCGGCCGAGUGCCACUCUGCCGGCAGCAGGAGGGAGCUCUGGACCACUCGUGUCAGAGGCAGCACCGGAGGCGGUGGCGGUGCCCGGAGGCCGCCUGUCGCGCUGGUUCUCCAUCCGGCGCGGCUCGACCCACCAGUACGAUGUCGACACUGGAGGGGGUGGCGGUGGCAGCUGUGACCGCGUGCCGACACCCAACAAAAUGCCUCUUCUGCCAGAGGUGGAAGAGGAAAACGGCACUACCUUUGCUGCAUUUGGGCGGCGCCAGAUGCCUCCCACAUUACCGCCACCUCCUCACGGACUCACUCCAGAGCAGCUGAAAAGGCGACACAUUGUUGCUGCUAUUGUACAUAGUGAGAACUCCUAUGUCGCCACAUUGCAUAGGCUAGUCAAUGAUUAUAAGAAACCUCUGGAAGAGAGCACGCCACCAAUUCUCAGUCCAGCAAAAAUACAGACGUUGUUCCUGCGCCUGCCAGAGAUACUGCAGUGUCACACUUUAUUUCGCAUAGCUCUGGCGGAGUGCGUUCGUAGCUGGGAUAGGGAUGAACGUAUUGGUGAUGUGUUUGUUGCAUCUUUUUCCAAGGCUGUGGUGCUUGAAAUAUAUAGUGAUUUCAUCAACAACUUUUCAUCUGCCAUGGAUUUAGCAAAAAUGGAGGCCAAGAGGAAGUCAGCACUUGCGGAUUUCUUUAAGGUGAAGCAGAUCAGUGCACACGACCGGCUUUCAUUCUUCGGUCUGAUGGUAAAACCUGUCCAGAGGUUUCCCCAGUUCAUAUUGUUUCUGCAGGACCUGCUGAAGCAUACACCUCAGGGCCACCAUGAUCGCAUGUCACUGCAGCUGGCUCUAACACAGCUUGAAUCAUUGGCAGAAAUGCUCAAUGAGCGGAAACGUGAAGCCGAACAGUUCCAGGCCUUUAAAGAAAUGAUGCGUCACAUUAGCGGAAGAUUUGCAGCUCGCUCUAGGCCUGAUGGUCAUCGGUACUUGCUACGUGAGGAUAAUGUCACACAAUUGGAGUUUAACCAAGCUGGAAUGAUUACAAAGUCAAAGAGUCGAAGGCUGCUUUUGCUUAAUGAUAUGGUGGUGUGUGUGUCGGUGACACCAAAAACAACAGAUGACUUCAGCGGCAGUGAGAGACUGAGUCUCAAAUGGUCGUAUCCUGUAACGGACAUUGAGGUUGUGGAUACAAGUACAUCACCUACUUUGAGUCGUUUGCUGGCAGCUGGCUUAAAUCGUGGUGGAAGUCUUAAGUCAGACCGCAGUUCCACAUCACUCGAUUCAAAUAUGAGUGGCAGUGGAGCUGCAGAUAAUCUGUGUGCAGAGAUGAAUGACCUCAUGCACGAUUAUGAGGUCGUAAGUCGAAUAGCUGAUCUUGUUUCAACUUUGAAAGGCAACUAUAAGGAUUUGAAUGUGCCAGGAAUAAGACGUAUUCUUUCCGAAAUACAAGGAUCAAUUCAGCAGAAGGAUGAAGAAAUGGCUUGGGUUGAUUCCUGCUGUUUGCAGCUGGCUGUGAAAACUAAAGGAAAGGAAGAGACUUUUACCUUUCAGACUGAUAAUCCAUCUGUUAAGAAAGAAUGGAUAACAGAACUAAGACUCGCUCAGUUGGCAUUGGAUCCAAACAACUCGCCUGCAUGGGAAGUGCCAGAGCAAGAAAGACGACCUUCGACAAAAAUGCCACUAUUUGUACGUGCCCAGCCAGUAUACAGAUCGCAGCAUGAAACAGAGGUGCGCUGCGGUUGUUUCUACUCGGCUGGGUCCUUGGCUGCAACACGGGACCAUAGGAGUAGUAGGAGAGGGAGGCGGCCUGCGUCGUACUUGUGGGUGUGCACCACAGACGGUGCUAGCAGUCAUGUAGCUGUACUGGCACAGCCACAACAACAAGCAGCACAGCUGCGUGAAGUGACUGCCUUCGACUUGGUUGAAACGAGGGUUACAGCAGUUGAAUUUGUUCGUGGUUCCCCAGAUGCUGUUUGGAUGGGAACAGACAGCAGGAGGUUGGUGUUGUACAAAGCCUCAGAACCAGAACGUCAGGAGGAAGUUGGAAGUGUGGUAGUACCAGCAGUAGUAGUUCAGAUCAGAGCACAUGGAGAGUCAGUGUUUGUGGCACUGGCAGAUGGAAGCUUACAGAGGUUCCGCAAGGCUUCAGAUGACACCUGGCUGCUUCGUGAACCGCAAACACUUUCGUUAGGAAUGGAUCCUGUGUCAAGUCUUUUACCCAUAAAUUCUUGUCUAUAUGCUGCAUGUGGGAAGAAAGUCUGGGUUCUGGGUCCAUCAGGUGAUGUGCAGAAAAACUUCAGUGUGCAACACGAACAUGUUGGCAGUGUGAAUCUGAUGGCACAUUCUGGUAUUGGAUUGUGGAUAUCUUUAAAAAAUUCCAGCACGAUAUGCCUGUACCACACAGAGACCUUCAAGCAUCUCCAGGACAUCAACAUUGCUUCAAAUAUUGCAUGCCUCCCUCGAGGCAGUGGGAAUGGAGGACCUGUAACGGUAACAGCCCUUAUGGCUUGCAAAGGUUUACUUUGGGUUGGCACAGAUGCUGGUGUCUGUCUGACAGUGCCUCUGCCUCGACUUGAAGGUGUACCCAUCAUCUCGGGGCGUGUUAACAUUUCAUAUCAUGCCCAUUUUGGUCCUAUUUCAUUCCUACUGGCACUGCAGCCUCGCAGCAACAAAGAAUUUACACAUCAAGAGCCCCAGAAUCAGCAGUCACCUGCUUCUGUUGGUGGAGGUGACUUAUCAUCAGAGACAUCAUCGUCAUCAUCUGCAUUACGAAAUGAUGUGCAUCUCGGGAGCCCUGUGGUACUAAGGCGUCGAAGACCAAGGGAUAUCGACCCACUCGCUCGUGGUUCGAAGACACUUCCUCGGGGACUAGGAGGUGGCUCAGCUGCGUCAUCUGCUUCUGGCGAUGGAUGUGAUGUGUACGGACUGUAUGGAGAACUGAUGUAUGUGCGGGACUAUGAGGGUGAAGGACGAGCUGGCACAGGAGGUGUUACAGAUGGUGGCGUAGGUGGUACGGCAACAGAUGCCGGUUACGGUUCACUCCGGCGCAGCGACCCUGAGUUGGCAGCCGUGCCAGGUCGUGUGAGCACUCUAGAUCGCAGGCUUCUUUUGGCAGCAGGUCGACCCAGAUCUUUGGACUUGUCCUCGUGGUCUGUUGACUCACGAGCGUCGACAUCGUCGGGAUCUGAAGAUGCCAGCCGACCAGUUGACAAUCUCGUUCAGUGUCCUCCAACUCCAAUUCCAUUGCCACCCGAUCCCGAACCACGCCAGCCUCCACCGCCCCACGAUCCAGGUGCCGUUCCUCGGCGCACAGUCGUCACACUGAUGGGUGGGCGUGGCUAUGUCAACUGGAGGCAACAGGGCAAAGGAGGUCCAGAACCAAACAGUAAUGAUGCACAUAUUGUAAUCUGGGAAAUGAAACUGUGACAGUACACUGAGAAGUUUCAUGUUAUGUGAAUUUGAGCAUGUUUAUCACAUACCUUUGCUGGUAUGUAAGUAUAUGAAUGGCAGGACCAGAGGGCUCUUACGACCUGGUUGUCUUCUUAAGAAUUGAGGUGUAAGAGCUGUCAUGCCCCCUUGGGUUCAGGCCUCCACCUGGUCAUGUUAAUUAUAGCGAAAGCCAACUGAGAUGUUUUUGUUAUACUUAAGAACUUCGGUUGUCCUUACUAAUUCUGGGUACCUGUAAAAAAUAAAAGUGAAAUUUCUCUCUCUGAGAACUGACAUUAAUUAUGAAGAUGCUCUGGUGUCAGAACAGAGGUAAUGGUUUACGCUUUUGCUGUGCAUUUGUGAUGAUAUGUGUAAUACUUUUGAUGUUGCACAUAUGUAAAUAGAUAGCAGGAAUGUUAUUACUUAUCCAGCAGUAUCUGCUGAUAAAUGUUUUUGAUGACAUGUAAGUCACUGUUGAACUGAAUUAGAAAAACGUUCAGUGCUUAAAGUCAUUUGGUUCCUUAUUUGUGUAGAUGGCAGUUCAGUGUAAUGCAGUGGACCACAAUCCUCCCUCCCUUCCCAUAUAAUGGAUAAAGAUCUCUUAUUCGCUGCCUUUUGUGGUUUUUAUACUGGACUGCUCAACAGUUUCAAAGAACGCUAACAUUUCUAGGUUAUUGUAUAUGACUGAGAUGUUUGAAUUGUUGUCAGUUAUAGUUUUCAGAAACUUGCUUACUUGUGGGCCAAAUUAAUGCUACAAAGUGGCUCCUGAGCUACUGCUGGCUCUCAUGAUCACUCUUGUACAUGUUCCCCCUUUUUCCUUUGUUUGUCAUGAUGCUACAGAAUUUUGCUUUAAUCUUAAGACUGAAUACAUGCGUGGAGGAGGUUGCAAAAGCGGGAGGGUAGUUCCUCGUCUGUCUUUCCUUCACCAAAUUAUUAAUUAGUAAACUUGUUAUUUAGAAAUGUUUAUAUACCACAUUUCCAAGGGUGUCACUUUGAUUAGGUUCUGUAAAACACUUUCCGAUGUGUACUUCACUGGUAAAUAGUGGGUGUACACAGUGACGGUGCAGAUGAAAAUUUCAUCGUAUUGUGUAGCUUAAAAAUUCUGUUUUAUUUACCAUCUGUGAUAAUAAAAGCUCAUCUUCAGUGACAGCUGAUGUGUACACUGCCCCUUCAGAAUUACUCUGCUUUUUGAGGCACGUAUAAUUAUGAAUUGCUAAUGGAAGUUUGGUUUUGUGGUAGAGGCAUGAGAUCCACUUGAACUGAAAAACAUUAGGCAACACCUAUACAUAGACAGUUUGUUCUCAUUCUGCCUUCAUACCAUCAUCUAAACCUUUUCAUGUUUUUCUAAUAUUUAUCUGUUACUGCACAUUUCUUGUCAGAAUCAUACAUGGCGGCACACUGAAUGUAUAUGCACAAACUAUUUUCUGUCGAGCCUCUAAAGUUUCUUCUUCUUCUGAUAUGUACCUAUAAUAAAGAAAGUACAAAGUUGAUUGAAAAUGAUUUUUUUAGAUGAAAAGCAUUAUUUCAUUCGUACGGCUUUAGUUAAAAGUUCACAGUUACAUUUGGUACAAUCUCUGCAGUAAACAUUAACGUAGCUAUCGGCUACAAAACAUAUUAUGAAGUAUUUUCACAUAAUUGCUUUUCUGUGAAUGUCUUAAUAUUAUCAAACUUGAUUUGAUUCUUUACUUUGUGAAUACUACUCCCUCAGAUCUUAAUGCUUUCUUCUGUAUUUUUGUUGCACAAUAGAAGUACUGCACAAAAUGACAAACAUGAUGAAGUGUUACAGAGUUAACAAGGAACUUGAAAAGUGUUACCAAAACUGGUUAACUGAAGCCAAUUAAAUAUCUGUAUAUGAAAGUGAGAUGUUGAUAAAAUCACUUAUUACAUUUUCCAUGUACACAGUGUAUUAUAAUUAAUUUUUUUAAAAUCUAUUUUAAAGCAUUUAUCCAAAGUUACUAGAUUUAAGACUAAGAUGUAAGUUAUUGCAGUAUUUAAAAUUUAAAUGAACUAUCAUCUCGAGAUGACUCUUAUUUAAUCUCAUGUUUUGAAACAAAAAAAUAAUGUUGGCAGUUCAUUGUAUAUUUCUGCAUACCUUUUUGUUUAAUAGACUUUUUCAGUGAACAAUCCAGAAACAAAAUGUAUUAUUUGACAUAAAACUGUUACAUCACUGAGAUUCCUCAUUGCAUAAAUUACAGUUUGUUACACAAUAAAAAUUUAACAUUUUUAA